UCUAAUUUAUAGUCCUAUAAAAAAUCAAGUGUUAAAUAACUGCAAUAAUAAAAAGAAUGUUACGUAUUGAAGAUUUGACGGGUUCUACAAGACUUGAUUUAAAUAAACUUAACAUUGGGCUCAAAAACUGCAAGAUUGAAGAUAUAAGUACUCCGAGCUCACUAGUGCAAUGCGAUUUAAACCUGAAAAAAAAAACUUUCGAAUUUAAAAAUCAAAUCAGCCUAUUUAUGCCCAUUGAACCACAGCUUUGGACAAGAGAACAAGUUCGUUAUUGGGUACAUUGGGCAGUCGAAGAAUUUAGUUUAAAAGAUAUUAGUGUUAACGCUUUCGAUAUGUUUGAUGGAAAAGCUUUAUGUAGAUUAACACGUGAGGAGUUUCUUCACUAUUCAUCAGCAUACGGAGGAGAUAUCCUCAUUUCAUACUUGUGCAGACUAUACUAUAACUCUAUGAGUUGCUUGCAGCUUCAAAAUUUGAAUUACUCUUUAAUGUCAGAACACACAAGUUACCCCUAUCAAUAUAGUACAACGGAUUACGCCGCUUCAGCACUUUGUUUGUACGGUGAUCCGACAAGCUUAUCAGAGUAUUCAUACCCUUCCAGUGUUAAAUAUAAGAAGUUCUUACAUCAUCCAUUUUAUUUAAAUAAAUCAAACAUUUCUAAUAUUCAAAUAAAUUCAGGUCAAGUUAAAUUGUGGAUUUUUUUAUUAGAACUUCUGAGCAAUCCACUAAAUUCAAAAAUUAUUCAGUGGACCGGAGAAAAUGGAGAAUUUCAAUUAAAUGACCCUGAAGAAGUAGCAAGAAGAUGGGGUCAACGAAAAAAUAAACCAAGUAUGAACUAUGAAAAACUUGGACGUGCCUUACGAUACUAUUAUGAAAAAAAUAUUUUGUCUAAAAUACAUGGCAAGCGAUACGCAUACAAGUUUGACAUCAGAAUGUUAUCAGAGUUCAGUAAUCCCAUUAUUCAUGCUUCUAAUUUCAUCUUUAAUUCAGAUAACUUUGAGAAUAGUACAACUUCUGCUUUUCCAUUUAUUAAGGAGGUUUUAAACUGAAUCUAAA